AUGAAUGAAUGUCAAGAUAAUCGAAAAUCUGAUAUUUCUUCGCCAACUGAAUCCAAUGAUAGCGGAAUAAAUAUCAAUACUCAACGAACAAUAGAAACUACGGAUGAUAGUAAUCUUCCAUCAGGUUGGGAGCGUUUUGAAGACGAAGAGAGUGUAUAUUAUUGGCAUAAACGAACUGGUACAGUAACACGUGAACGUCCAGAAUUAAUUAUCGAUUCUCCAUCAUCAACACUUUCAUCAUCGUCAUCAUCAAAUGAUGCAUGUUUUGAAACGAAUUCAUUACUAUACAAAAGUGAAUCACAUUCUUCAAUUAAAGCAACUGAUGAAACUACGCAACAGCAUCGCUUUCAUGUUCGGUCUCUUGGCUGGACUACCAUUGAGGAAGAAGAUUUAACGAAUGAACGAAGUAGUCGUGCUGUAAAUCGUUGUAUUUAUGAAUCAACACGUGGCAUUAACGAUGGUAUUGGUCGAUGGGGCGAAGGAAAGGAUCUCUAUAUGGAUAUUAACAAUACAGAUUUGCUUUUAAUCGAUCCAACUGAAAUGACUAUUUUACAUAAACAAUCGAUACCAUCGAUUCGAGUUUGGGGCGUUGGAAGAGAAAAUUCAAGAGAUUUUGCUUAUGUAGCAAAAGAUAAAGAUCGUUCAGCACACACUUACAAAUGCCAUGUUUUUCGAUGUGAUAAUACUUCAGCGCGAACAAUAGCUAAUACAUUACGUGAUAUAUGUCGAAAUCUAAUGAUUCAACGUGGUUUAUUAAGUAAAACAACUGAGAUUUUAGGUGAUGGCGUACCUCAACAUAUAAGAUCAGAAUCUUUUACAGAAUUGAUAAUAGCUGAUACACCGAUUACAUUUCCAACACCAAUGGAAGAACCAAAAAAUAAUCUAUCAUGUACUUAUUUGGGUUGUGUUUAUGUAGAAAAGCCAGGUGGAAUGGAUGUUCUACGACCAGCUAUCGAGCAAGUUGCAACAACAGUACCUGAAGAUAAAUGGCUUCCAGUUUUUGUUGAUAUAUCGCCAUCGUCAUUAACCAUUUCCUAUGACAAUGAGUCCAAGGGACAAUUACUCGAUGUUCGUAUUCGUUACUUAUCAUUUCUUGGCGUUGGACAAGACCCAAGCUUUUGCGGUAUAAUUAUUCAUUGUGCAGAUAAUUCAUUUAAAUGCCACGUAUUUCAUUGUUUACCGUCGUGCAUUCAACUUUGUAAAAACAUCGAAGUUGCUUGCAAAUUACGUUAUCAAAAAUGUCUCGAUGCUCAUCCACAAGCUGCUCGACAAAUCGAAACAACAAAAAGUUAUGGUGCUCAAUUAAAAAGUUUUGUUGAAUCAUUCUGGCUUGGAAAUAAACAAGCUACUUAA